CUCCUCCGCCACAGUUUCAAGCUUCCUCGCAUUGAAACGGUGUAAAUACUGUGUUGCCAGGUUGGAAGGAAAUCCCCCUUUCUUAGCGGCAGCCUCUGAGCAGCGCUGUGGUGUAUUCCCGGCAUGCCAACAGCAGCUUCAUAUGAUGGAUUAAAGGACCCGGAUCUGGACCCCGCGAAGAUCCCAAGUAUCAACCGGAACGGAUUUCAAAACACGGAGACACGGACAUGGCCGACGAAGAUGAGAGAAGGGCGUUUAUUCAUUGAAUUUAUCCACCGUGACAGUUUAUAAUGAGGGUUAGUCCGAUGUCAAGACAAGGAAGACAAAGCGGUGGAUUUAAAAAAUAAAAUAAAACAAUAACAAGAUUCGCUUCCUUGUUCCACCUCCGGAGGGUUGGCGGCAGGCCUGACAUCAUUGGCUGAAUCAUCGCCUUCAUCAGGGGGGGUCAGGGAUGCUGCCGCUGUCACUGCGACCUUAAAAAAAGCCACCACGGACCAAAACCCGCACGGCGUGUCUCUGGUCUCCGAGUUACAAAACCGCCUGUCCCUGUUUGUUUGGAGCCAGCAUGGAGGACAUCCUGCGGAAGCUGCAGAAAGACGCGUCCGGCCACAAGCACAAGGCUAUCCGCGACGCCUGCGUCUACGCCCGCGAAACCCUGGAGUCUCCAAAUGGAUCAGCCAAGAUUUCCCCUUCACAACUCCGAGAGCGCUGUCUGCUGCCUCUUCAGAUGGCUCUGGAGUCUAAAAGCACCAAACUGGGACAGACGGCGCUUACUGGAAUGCAGAAGCUCCUGUGCGAGGACAGGUUUUUGGGGGGAGUUGGCAUGGAGGUGGAGGUCCUGGAGAAACAGCUGCUCAGCCAGAUGUUGGAGGCCAUCAGAGUCACCCCGUCCCUCCAUGAAGACCUGCAGGUGGAAGUCAUGAAGGUCCUGCUGUGUAUCACCUACUCGCCAAACUUUGACAUCAAUGGAGACUCCAUCCUCCGGAUUGCUGAGGUGUGUAUCGAGACCUUCGUGUCCAGCUGUCACCAGCGCAGCAUCAACACGGCGGUCCGAGCCACGCUGAGCCAGAUACUGGGAGACCUGACACUGCAGCUGCGACACAGACAAGAGGGUGCAGAUGGAGACGAAGUGACUGCUCCACCAAUGCAUAGAAGAGAUGUGUCUCCAACCAGCCAGGCUCUGUGUGACGAUGUGGUGACAGUUCUCACAGUUUUCUGUGAAAAGCUGGAGUCUGUGGACAGUGAUAACCAGCUCCUGCAGCUGCUCUACCUGGAGUGCCUGCUCUCCAUGCUCAGCAGCUGUCCUCCCACAAUGCACCUGUCCAGAGGUUUCACCGACCUCGUAUGGAAGCAGCUGUGUCCGUCCCUCGUGGCCAUCAUGGGGAAUCCUGUCAACGACAAAACCAUCGCCUCCCACCACGGCUACAUGGGGGCGCCGGAGCGCCUCUCUGACAGACUCAGUCUAGGAAUCAGCCAUGAGGUGGACUGCUUUGGUGGGGGGGUAGCCGAUCAAGGCAGAGGGUCGGGCUGUUCCUCCAGCGCCCCCGCCAGGAUUGCGCCGGUAGUGCGGACGGUGUGUUACAUCGCGGCGGAGCUGGUGCGUCUGGUGAGCUGCGUGGAGUCGAUGAAGCCCGUGCUGCAGUCGCUCUACCACCGGAUCCUGCUGUACCCGCCCCCCCAGCACCGCACCGAGGCCAUCCGCAUCAUGAAGGAGAUUCUGGGCAGUCCUCAGCGGCUGUACGACCUGGCCGGGCCGUGCGUGGCGGAGCCUGAAACCAGGAAGCGCUCCUUCUCAAAGAGGAAGUCCCACCUGGACCUGCUGAAACUGGUGAUGGACGGGAUGACUGAGGCCUGUAUGAAGGGGGGCAUCGAGGCGUGUUACUCCUCCGUGUCCUGCGCCUGUGCUCUCCUCGUGGCGCUGGACGAACUGUCAAAGGGUCACGGCAUCCAAUCUGAGCAGGCUCGGCUUCUGCUCAGACGACUGGACGAUCUGAAGGAGGGGGCCGAGUCCACGCGCGAGUCCAUGGAGAUCAACGAGGCCGACUUCAGGUGGCAGAGACACAUCCUGUCCUCUGAGCAGGCUCCCUGGGACCCUGCCUCCAUCUCCUCUAAUGCGGCCACAGAGCGCAGCCCUGACAUCAGCAUCAGCAUCACCACGGAAACGGGCCAAACCACCGUGGAUGUUGAUGUGGAGGUGGGCGAGAUGGGCGCGGAUCUGGGCCACACCACCCCCGAGGAGUGUGACGAGGACGCACGCCUCACCUCGCCCUCCGUCUGUGGCGGCCGGGAGGGGGCCGAGCGCGAGCCGAGCCUCGAGGCAAAGCAGGGGAGCCUACGGGAGGAGGAAGGGGGUGUGAGGGAGGCCGAGGGAAGAGGAGAGAAAGAAAGAGGGGGUGGCGGUGGGGGAGGAGAGGAGAGAGGAGCAGUGGUUCCUCCAGAUGUGGUGCAGCGAAGCCACGGCCUUGUCUACCCCGACAUCACCAACUUCCUGUCUGUGGAGUCGAGAACCAGGCCGCACCACACUGGGGGGUCCCGAUACAGCGAGAGCAACUUCAGCAUGGAGGAGCAGGACUUGUCCCGGACAGAGUUUGACUCGUGUGACCAGUACUCCAUGGCCGCAGAGAAGGACUCUGGCCGCUCCGACGUGUCCGACAUCGGCUCCGACAACGUCUCGCUGGCUGACGAGGAGCAGCAGACGCCCCGCGACUGCCCGGGCCACCGCUCCCUGCGCACCGCCGCGCUGUCCCUCAAGCUGCUCCGCAACCAGGAGGCGGACCAGCAGAGCGCCCGGCUGUUCGUCCAGUCGCUCGCAGCGCUGCUGCCCCGGCUGCUGGGCCUGGCCACGGCCACGGAGGUGGACCUGUCGCUGCAGAACUUCUCCUCCACCUUCUGCUCCGGACUGCAGGCCGGUGGGAUCCACUCCCCGGGUUUCGAGAGCGGCGACACGCUGAGCUGUCAGUCUCUGAUGAACGCAGACGGCCUCUACCUGGUGUCCUACUACGCCCUCCUGCUCAACCUCAAGCUCUGCUGCUGCGACUUCUACCGGCGGCGGACGCUCGCCCCCGUCCUCAGCCUGAAGGAGUUUGUGCGUCUGAUCCAGAGCAGCGGGGUCCUCGUGGUUCUGUCUCAGGCCUGGAUCGAGGAGCUCUACCACCAGGUGUUAGAGCGCAACCUGCUGGGCGAGGCCGGGUACUGGGGCUCGCCGGAAAACCACACACUGCCCCUCAUCACCAUGCUCACAGAUAUUGACGGGCUGGGCAGCAGCGCGAUCGGAGGCCAGCUGAUCAGGAGGGCGUCCAGCCAAUCACCGCUCAGCUGUGGCAAGGCCGGCAGUGACACUGCGAUGGCAGGAGCUGUGUUCUCCCGCUUCAUCCUCACCGGCGUAUGGAAGAACCUGAUGGACGUGCUGUCCACGCCGCUGACGGGCCGCAUGGCGGGCAGCUCCAAGGGCCUGGCGUUCAUCCUGGGAGCGGAGGGGGUCAAAGAGCAGAGCCAGAGGGAGAGGGACACCAUCUGCCUGAGUCUGGACGGCCUGCGCAAAGCUGCCGCGCUCAGCUGCGCCCUCGGCGUGGCUGCCAACUGUGCCUCAGCGUUGGCCCAGAUGGCCGCAGCCUCCUGCGUGCAGGAAGAAAAAGAGGAGAAGGAGGUGGGAGAGAUGGGCGACGCCAUCACACAAGUGAAGCAGCGCGUUGAACAGCGUCUGGAGCAGAUGGGUCGUCCUCAGGGAGUUCGCCUCCACACGGCUCAUGUGUUGUGUAUGGACGCCAUUCUGAACGUAGGACUGGAGAUGGGUAGCCAUAAUCAUGACUGCUGGCCGCAUGUCUUCAGGUACACAGAGUACAUCAGCUCGUUGGAGCACAGCCACUUUAGCGACGGCUCAGCCCAGCCGUCCUCCCUGACCCCCAUCAGCCAGCAGAGCCAGCAGGCCGCCGGCGUGGACCUGGGCAUGGAGCUGAGCUGUGAGCCCAGCCCGGAGGCCUCGGAGCUGGGCCUGAGCCAGCCCGUCAUCCAGCCUCUGUCCAUCCAGGAGCUGCUGAGGGAGAGCAGCCGGGGCAGAGGGCUGGAGCUGAAGAGCGGCAGCCUGAUGACGGGUACCAGCGCUGCCAAGGCUGUGUGCACGCUGUCAACACAGACUGACAGGUUGUUUGAAGAAGCAGCUACCAAGCUGAACUGGUUGGUCUUGGUCGGCUUCCUGCAGCAGCUCAGGAAAGCUUCUCAUUCUCAGUCUCAGCUGUUUGACUCCGUUACUGAGACUGGAGACUACUCACUGGCAAUGCCAGGCGAGGCCAAGUCGACGCUGGACCGUCGCAGCGCUCUGCAUCUCUUUCGCCUGGGCGAGGGCAUGCUGAGGAUCGCCAUGAACAAGAACCGCCCUCUGCUGCACAUGAUGAGGGCCUGGAGCGUGGUGGCCCCACACCUGGUCGAGGCGGCAUGUCACAAGGAGCGCCACGUAUCCCAGAAGGCCGUUUCCUUCAUCCAUGACGUUCUGACGGAGGUGCUGACGAGCUGGGCGGAGCUUCCACACUUCCACUUCAACGAGGCGCUGUUCAGGCCCUUCGAGCACAUCAUGCAGCUGGAGCUGUGUGACGAGGACGUACAGGACCAGGUGAUCACGUCCAUAGGCGAGCUGGUGGAGAUGUGUUCUCCUCAGAUCCUGUCAGGGUGGAGGCCUCUGUUCAGCGCUCUGAGGACCGUCCACAGCAGCAAGACCGACACCAAAGACUACCUGCUGGGAGAAUACUCCAUGGGGAAGUCCCAGGCUCCAGUGUUCGAUGUCUUCGAGGCGUUCAUCAACACCGACAACAUCCAGGUGUUUGCCAACGCUGCCACCGACUACAUCAUGUGCCUCCUGAAGUUUGUCAAAGGCUUAGGAGAGGUGGACUAUAAGGAGAUCGGAGACUGUGUCCAUGCGUCGGGUUACAGCUCCACCGACCUCUGCCUGCCUGCGCUCGACUAUCUCCGCAAAUGUUCGCAGCUGCUGGCAAAGAUCUACAAGAUGCAGUCCAAGCCGGUGUUCUUGGGGGCGCGGCUCGCCAGCCUGCCAAUGAGAUCGCAGGAGCGCUCGGUCAGCAAUGAGGACGGCAUGGACUGCGUCCUGCAGGAGUUUGAUGAUGACACAGGUCUGAUCCAGGUGUGGAUUUUGUUGCUGGAGCAGCUAACAGCAGCGGUGUCCAACUGUCCUCGCCAACACCAACCUCCGACCCUGGAGCUGCUCUUCACUCUGCUCAGAGAGGUCACCACCGUGCCAGGUCCUGGGUUUGCCAUCUUCGCCGUCAUCCAGCUGCUGCUUCCCGUGAUGUCUCUGUGGCUGCAGCGUAGCCACGGUGACCACUCCUACUGGGAUGUGGCGGCGGCCAACUUCAAGCACGCCAUCGGCCUGUGCUGCGAGCUGGUGGUGGAGCACGUCAACAGUUUCAUACACUCAGAUAUUGGUUACGAGUCUUUGAUCAUGAUGUUGAAAGAUCUGUAAGUUCUGGUGGCCUGUGUGUCUGAGCCUGCAGAGACCAUCUCCAGAGUGGGCUGCUCCUGCAUCAGGUAUAUUUUGGUCACAGUGGGUCCAGUGUUCACAGAAGAAAUGUGGCGGCUGGCCUGCUGUGCUCUGCAGGACGCUUUCUCUGCUACGCUAGAGCCUGUCAAGAACCUUCUGGCAUGUUUCCACAGCGGUUCAGACAGUUUUUCUGGAGACGCCUGUGAGGUAAAGGUGGCCGCUCCGUCCCACUCUGCUGCAGCUGAGGCGGAGUACUGGCGGAUCAAGGCAAUGGCUCAGCAGGUCUUUAUGUUGGACACCCAGUGCUCUCCGAAGACACCCAACAACAAGGAGGGCUUUGAGCACGCUCAGUCCUGCGUUCUCAUCAUUGAGCUGCCGACAGACCAGCAGUCCAAUGGACACACACAGAAGAGGAUCCCCUUCAGGACCAUCGUGGUGAGCCUGCUGUCGCAUCAGGUCCUGCUCCAAAACCUCUACGACAUCCUGCUGGAGGAGUUCGUCAAGCAUCCCGACGGAACCGAAAGUGUCACCCCUGUGACCUCUGACCCCAGCCGGGCCACGGCAGGCUUCCUGCGCUACAUCUCCAUGACUAACUUAGCCAUAAUCCUGGAUCUGCUGCUGGACUCUUACAGGACAGCGCGGGACUUUGACACCCGGCCUGGUCUGAAGUACCUGCUGAUGAAGGUGUCGGGGGUUUGUGGCGCAGCUAAUCUUUACCGUCAGUCCGCCAUGAGCUUCAACCUGUACUUCCAGGCCCUGCUGUGCGCCACACUGAGCCAGGCCGACAGCAUGACCGCACAGCAGGUGAAGAGGAUGCUGUAUGAGGAAGAGGAGGGGAGCUCUGACUCUUCUCACCCUGGCUCUGCUUCCUCAGAGGACGAAGACAUCUUUGAAGAAACAGCGCAGGUCAGCCCUCCCCGCGGCCGGGAUAAGCGCCACCACUGGCGGGCGCCCGUCCCUUCCCUCAGCGUGCAGCCGCUGAGCAGCGCCGACUGGGCCUGGCUGGUCAAGCGCCUCUACAAGCUCUGCUUGGAUCUGUGCAACAGCUACAUUCAGAUGCACCGCGACCUGGAGAGCACGCUGGAGGACAUGGCGCUGCUGAGGGGAGGAGCGGGAGGUGGGGGAGAUCAUGUCUUCUUCCUGCCCCUCUACCAGUCGGAGACCUCCACCCCAACGUCGGCGGGCGGGCUGUCGGCGCAGGGGACGCCGUCGGAGGACGGCGGGUACAGGUGUCAGGCGGCGGACAGGGCAGCGUCGCCGGCGGACACGCCCACACCCAGCCCAGGAUUCAGCUGCACGGGCAGUCUGCCCAACCAGUUUAGGUCCGGCGGCGAGAGGAGGGACUCCGGCCUCACAGGAAGCUCUGCAGGCGCGGCUCCUGUCAGCGCCGGACCGGGAAGGAGAAAGGAAUGGUGGGAAAGCGCCGGCAACAAACUGUACACCAUCGCCACGGACAAAACCAUCAGCAAGCUGAUGAUGGAGUACAAACGCAGGAAACAGCAGCAGCAGCAGCCGCAGCAGCAGAGCCACGUCAACCUGUUCAUGAAGGAGCAGGGCCGUGCAGCCGGGGCAGCAGGAGGAGUAGGAGGGGGGGGCGGGGAGAGGAGGGCCCCCAUGGAGCCACAAAGGGCCCCUCAGAGGCCCCAACAUCUGGUGGACCAGCAGGGUCCCGCUCUGAGGCACUCGGUCAGUGCGGGGCCGGAGGUUCUGAGGCAGGAUAAGAGACCCCGGUCAGGAUCCACCAUCAGCUCCCACAGCAUCUCCCUGAGGGACUCCGAGGCUCAGAUACAGGCGUGGACCAACAUGGUCUUGACUCUCCUCAACCAGGUCCUCCUGCUGUCAGAUUCCUCCUUCCUGGCGCUCCAGCCGGCGCUCUACCCCUGCCUCAGCCAGCUGUCCUGCCAUGUGACCGACGCCCGCGUCCGCCAGGCGCUGCGCGAGUGGCUGGGCCGCGUCGGCCGGCUCUACGACAUCGUCGUGUGACAUUGCAGCAGAGAAGUGCAAAAAAAAAAAAAAAACACCGGGCGAAAGAGCGCAGUCUGUCGGUCAGUGAAGGACGUAAGCAGAUGAAUUAGAUCGGUUUGAUGCUGUCCGUGCGGCGGUGCCGCUGUGCGGUAGAUUGUAAAGGGUUUGAUUGGCUGAUGAUGCAAUGCAAAGGCAGACUGUGACAUCAUAAUGUCCCAAUACAACUGGUGGAACAAGCUUGAUGGAGCGAUAAAUGGUUGGUAGUCUCGGAUGGAUUUGUGGCAUUUUUGAAGAACAAUGGCGAACAUCGUCCUUUGUCUAUACUAGAAAUGCUUUGAGAGGUGAAUGUGCCUAGUUCUGCCUCUUGUUCUUCAGUUGAAGUUGUUCAUUGUCCACACACAUACACACGCACUCUCUUUAAAGCUUUUAGUAUGAUUCCUUAUUAGUUUGAAAAACAGAUUGCUCCUAAUCUUGUCACCGUGUUGUCAUAACGCCAAAAUAUGCUUCCACUAAGGUCAUAAAUAAUGACAUUAAUGUGGAUACAGACACAAAGGUUGAUUUAUGGUUUUGCGUUGAAUCUACGCCAUAGGUACGUACAUAGGUAGGCGUAUUAGGGAUGUCACAUGAACCGGUACUUUGGUACCAAGUCUGUACCUGUACCCCUCCUUUGCACAGCAAAACCGUGACAGAAAGUUGAGAGAGAUAAAAAAAAAAAAAUGACACUGAAAAAAGAGGGACAUGACACCCAAGACGAUUGUGAUUGGUUUAGAGAAAUGCCAAUAAACCAGAGUUUUUCUCUCAUCCCAGAAUGUUGUGUGGGCUAGCCAGACCCUCCUCCUAAGUGCUGUGGAGGACGGUCUGUCAAAGCGAGACUAGAUUUUUGGUAUUGUGACCUCCCUAACGCGUAGAGAUACGCGCAUAUAAGAUGCUAACAAGAGACUUCUGUCAACACAGUACAAAAGGACCUGCUUAAAAAAGUUGGUUCACUGCUGGCUACAAGUUAGCAUCAAACACAACAAAGGAUGUCAGUUGAAUGGUGUUUUGAGCUAACGUUACCAAUCAAACAAUCAUAGCCAGAUAGCUACAACGUUAAAAUACAACGUUAACAUUGUGUUAACACACAACAUAACGCAGUUACAUCUGAGCAUGCACGGUUCAAAUCUGCACUCAACUCCCAUUGGGCAGUGACACUCCCCACACACACAUUCCAGCUCUGCUAUUCUUUUAAAGAUAUACGCUAAAACGACGCAAACACACCAGCGCACAAGUUCAGCCAAUGUACAACCAUAAAUCAGCCUUUAGUGUGCACAUAUGCAAUGAAUUAUUAGUUUUGUUGUCCGCUUGCGUACUUUUUCUUUGACCGCAGCAACACUUUUUAAAAAGGGACUCUGUGGAGUUUCCUACACAAACAGCUUUAUUUACAUUCAGUUCCUUAAUACACUAGUGUCAACAACUGUUGGUGAGUUCAAUAAUAUAAAAUGAGAUUGUUACAGCUGUCUAUCCGUUUGAUGUUUCAGCUGUGUGUUUCAAGGCUUCCUUACACUGGACAUGUGCUCAGUAGAGCAAAGAAAAGCUGAGACUCGCUCACUGAAACCAAACUUCUACAGGACAUGUUCGUUUUAAGGGAAAUGUUUGUCUAUGUUUUUUUGAACCCUGAUGUGUAUUUGCAUUCAGAACCGCGGCGAGCCGGCUAAUUUCUCAACAUGUGAUGCAUGAUGAUGCAAGGAGCAAAGAAAAGCCACGUCUCAGUCCUGCCCCACUGUCUGUGUCUGAGUAAUAGUGGCGGCGGCAGAUCACUAGCAUCACAACUCCAGAUUAAAUUUGGUCACUGUGUUCAAAGUUGAAAAUGCAAAAAAAAUAGAUUUCCUCAGACUCAGAGAGCGAGGAAACCUUACAUCCAAGACGGUUGUAUAUGAGCGUUUGUCGCUGCCCUGCAUUCUCUACGUCCAGCUUUAAGUACUGGUCCGUCUCAUUGACUUUCAUCUAAAUGUCUUUGUUUAUUAUUCACUCGUAAAUCCUUCUGGAAAAAAGUAACCAAAAAACACACAUAAAGUAUUUGUAUUUUAACGUUGAAUGCCUAUAAUAUAUUACAUGUUAUUUUUCCUGGUUAUGUGUGUUACAUGUAGUUCUGUAAAUGCUUCAUUAUUUAAGAUAUUUAAUGUGUCAUAUUGAGCAUCUUCUAUUUUUUUGAGAGUCUGUUUUCGUAUUUUAUUGAUGCAGUAUGUGCCUUUACUGACAGACAGCCAGACACUAUCAGGUCGGGGGUUAGAUUCCAGGGUUUCCGCAGAAUCUUGAAGUCUAAAAUUUGAAAAUCAAAAUUUUUGGCCUUAAAAAGUCAAAAAUUAGCUGAAGUAUUGUGUCCAUGGUCUUAAAUUCUUUUAAACGUUGUCAUUUCGUUGUACUUUUAUGUCGUGAUAUUGGUCUUAUAUUUUCAUUCAUGAAAGUCUUAAAAAGGUGUUUAAAAAGUCUCAAAUUUGACUUGUUGAAACCUGCAGAAACCCUGGAUUCCCACAGAGGCUGUCAGAGCUAAAUAUGCAGCCGCUUUAGACAGUUUGAUUGGUCCGUUAGUAUUUACAAGGUUUGACAUCAGAUCGUAAAAACGCCGACGUUAAUACUUGAGACCAGAGCACGAAGUUUCAAAUGUUUGGGUUGAUUCAACUUCAAGAAAUGUGUCAUGUUCACAACAUUAUCAGCCAUUUUGUAUCCUUGUUCAAUGACCAAAUGCAACUUUUACACACUAGGCUCCAAUUAAUGCUUACAUGGUUAUAGAUUUCUCUUUUUUUGCAUUAAUUGAUUAGUCAUUUUAGUUCAUAAAAUGUCCCAAAAAUCCCCGUCCAAAUGUCUCAGCGCCCAAGGCGAUGCCUUCAAAUAUCUUCUUAUGUAUGAUCAGAAUACAAAGAUAUUAAAAGGUAUAGUAAAGUAUGUUAAUCCAAUACACUCUUUGUCACAUUCAGUGAAUAUCUCCUCAUGGGUCACCUAGCUUUCUGUUCUUUCUUUUUAAUUUCUGUGUGCGCUGGAAAAGACCCUAGAGCCCUGGCUGUGUAGAUGGAAAAGGAGAAGGCACGAUACCUGGCGGAUAAAAAUACUAUGACGUUGACAUGACGAGGCGGGAUAUGACGUUGAUGACGGUUCCUUUAUGCACGGCGUGACUCCACGUUGUGCAUCACACACCGUAUCAUAGAGGACAGUUCCGGCAGUUGAACCAUGAACGCUGUGUUUGAGCCAUGUUACUGAUGUAAACUGUCUGUAUAUUUACAAAGUUCUCAAUGCUUCGGUUUACAUGUAGGGACCAUCAUCAUGCUACCGUUGAAGUGUGGUGCUAUUUUGAGCCUUGAUAGUGGUUUGAAAUAGUGAUUUAGCCUAUGCCCUGAAUGCUAAUGUUAGCAGCUGUUCACCGGUUUGCGGUAGCUAGGUUUAAGCUAGAGACACAUUCGAUUAGCAUGAAAACGGAUCCUAGAAAACGAUUGACACGGUAGACAUAUGUUAUUAACCCCUAGGCUCAUUUUGCGCCGGAAUUUUCCUUUAAACAAUACUUUCAAAAAUAAUAAAAAAAUAUAUAUAUAUAUAUAUAUAUAUAUAUUUUAUAUAUAAUAUAAGGUAUAUCUCACUGCAGGGAUUCCCAUCAUCAACCCACCUUGUUUUAAUCUAACCUGUUCUAAACUAAUCUGACCUCUUUUGGGACUGGGACUUGAACCUCUUUGGGCUCGGUCUUGACGAGUCCUGGUCUUGGACUAGACAAGGGUUGACUUGACUACUGCCCUGGUUUUCUACCACAAGACUAAACACCUAAUAUAAAACUGAAAACUUUAAUUGUGGCCCGCAUUAAAUCAUUAAUUUGAACUGAAAUUUUCUGACGUGGUUAUAAUUCAGCUUUUUUUUUUUUUAAAUGGACAAAAAACAUUUAAUACCCAGCUAUUCAAUAAAUAUGGCAAAAAUAAUGACUUUAACAUUUUCAGAUCAGUAUCAUGGAUUGUGCAAUGUAGGUCAUUAUACACAUUUAUACUAGUCUUUUGUUCUUUUUAAUUAUCUUUAAAUAAUUUUAAAAAAGGAUAGAGGGGAUGUUUUCCACAACUUUUGGAAAAGGAUUUUAAUAUUUUUUGCUGCACAAAUGAAUUCCCAUUUCUAGGACUCUUUCAUGAGUCCUAGAAAGAGGCAAGGGUGGGGCUGGAAGGGUGGGGCACGCGGUGGCACCCCCCCCCCCCUGAAAUAUGAUUCCCCCCCCCCCAAAUCCAUUGGGCCAGAGUACUGUCAAUCUGACAAUUUUGAUUUCCAUUGGAAUAGAGUCACUCGGCUGCCUGUUGUGCCAAUCUUCCCAGCCGUUGUCACAUGACCAAUUAGCGUUUCCAUGGUGACAAUCCCAAAUUCUGAUUCCUGGAACUGUUUUUUAAAAAAGUGUCAGACAGAGCCCAUAGAAAAUGUGUAUUGUAUUCAUAUAUACAAUUUGCUUAAGUGAAACUAUAAUCAUGAAUUUGAUGUUUUAUUAAGCAGAAUUACAUUAUGUUGCAUCAUAUCCAAUAUUUCCUAUAUUUCUAAGCAGAUUCACCGAUCCCCCCACCCCCGAAUCACCCCUGGAAAGAAGUCAUUUUCCGAAGACAUUUUCACAGCAUGUGCUGGUCUCGUUGCCGGUGUCCUGUCCCGUCUCUGCUGUCUCUCGGCCCCUCGCAGUGUCCCUGACCUGUUCCUGUUUGUCCCCAUUCCCCUGCCGUCCCAGGGCGGGCAGCGAGUGGACAGAUGUUCCCGGCCGUCAGUGUGAUCAGCAGUGCAGGGGAGGAUUUAGUUGGUGUUAAUUCCAUGCCAGCGCUUCCAUCUAAAAAAACAAAAAAAAAACAGUCGACUAAUAUGUCGGUAUCAUGCAACAACAGCGCGUCGAUUUCUGCUCCGCUUGGUUUUCUUUCAGUCAAUCGCUGCGGUGAUUAUCCCGCUGUCAGUCUAGAAUAUUGUUUGUGUUUCUUGUGUUAAAGAUGACAAAACUCUUUGUCCCAGUUUUGUACAUUUGACACAUAGCGCAGGGAUUACGAUCGAAUCCUGAAUGCGGCACGCUCAAGAUCAGCACGAGCACGCUCAAGAUCAGCACGAGCACAAACUUCAUCUGCACUCUAAGCAGAUUUCAUGCACUUGGGGAUACGGGUCAAUACGGAAGAGAUGUCCCAAAUCCCUCCAUUGUCAUAGCAUCACCAGAAAGCGUUUUAUAACAAAGUCUGCAGGCUUUUUAAAGCUCUGAUUGUAAAAGCUCCUUCUUCUGUUCGGGUGCUGGGAAACUGUAAUCGCAUUUGAACUAAUAAUUUACAGUAAAAAUCAUCUACAGUUUAGUGUCUUAUGGUACAGUCCGGGGAUUACUGGGACAGAUUGAAGGCAGUGACCUAGUACACUUGCUUUGCUCAGAGCUCAGACUGAUUGCUAGUGUAUCUAAAAAAAAAUAUAUAUAUAAGAGACUUCAGAUACAGUAUUAGGGACCACUAAGGUCUAUAUAAAAGAGGGACUUCAGUACAGUAUUAGGGACCACUAAGGUCUAUAUAAAAGAGACUUCAGAUACAGUAUUAGGGACCACUAAGGUCUAUAUAAAAGAGACUUCAGAUACAGUAUUAGGGACCACUAAGGUCUAAUAAAAGAGACUCAGAUACAGUAUAGGGACCACUAAGGUCUAUAUAAAAGAGAUUCAGAUACAGUAUUAGGGACCACUAAGGUCUAUAUAAAAGAGACUUCAGAUACAGUAUUAGGUACCACUAAGGCCAUAUAAAAGCAUUUGAAGAGCACCAUGUCAUGGGACCUUUAAGAAGGAUCGCUACAGUCGGCAGCGGAGGAACAAGCUACAAUGUCAGCUAAUAGGGCAGUUGUCCAGCUUGUGUUUACCUUCACAAUAGUGUUGGUUUUGCCGCUGACAGGCUCAAACCCUUUCAUACUCUUGAAUAUUAAUCUGAGGAGGUUGACCUUUUUGUUAAAGAGUAAGAUCCUUUGUUUUGACGGUCAGUUGACGACAGGCAAGAAUUUACAAUUCAGAUUCGACUAUGAAAAUUCUUAGUCGGGCACGCCCCUAUUUAUUGGCCUGGAUCCCAUUGGACUAGAUGUUAUAGAAGAAAGGACUCACUGCCAUCGUGGGUUACCCUCAGCACAGAACACAGCAGGCAGACAGUACAAACAACAUUUAUUCUCUCUGACUGCUCUCACUUAACGACUACAAACCGUGCUCCUCUGACGGCCAGGCUACUGGUAACUACUGGUAGUUUUUAACAAAAACGGUCUCCAGGUCUGGUCCCUUCUCUGUGGGGUGUGACAGCCAAAAGAAGGUCCAGCACGCUUUAACCCUCCUGUUGUCUUCGGGUCAAUUUGACCCAUUUUUAAAAAAAAGUUUGUUCCAUAGAACUUUUAAGUUAGGGUGUUUUAUUCAAUUUUACAGCAUUAGAAUUUUUUUUUUUAUAAAAGUGAGUUGAAAAAAGCCCAGAAAAAAUUGACAAAAACAUCGGAAAAAGUGACAAAACACUUGGGAAAAAGUGACUAAGGCAUCAGGGGAAUGCGACAAAAGUGUCAAAAGACGACCAAAACAAAAAAAGUCAGGAAAUGCAGGAAAAAAAUCACCAAAACAUCAAAAGAGUGACAUUAAAAAUCAAAAAAAUAUACAACAACGGCGGAAAAAGUGACAAAAGUGUCAAAAAAUGAUCAAAAACGUCAAGGAAAAAAAAGAAGUUGCACGGUCGGGAGGAAAAGAACGCAAGGGUUAAUUAGCACAACAAUUGACAACCGAGACAAUCGACUCCCCUGGCUCUCUUGCUCCCCCCACCUCCCUCCACUGCAGCUGGUUGCAGACCACGCCCACCUCCAGAUUCCAUAUUGCUGAGCUUCAUAACUUUAUCUUCCUACACCUUUGUUUCCUUUUUUAAACUGCACCGUAGUUUAAAUGCCCCACCUAAACUUGAACCACUGACAACGACAAGAUUGUUUACCUGCAUACAGUUAAGUGUAACUAGUUUCAUCGCUCCAAAGACAAAGUGUUGAUUUGUCUGUGUGUGUGUGUGUGUGUGGGGGGGGGGGGGGGGGGGGGGGGGGAGAGACCACAGAACAUGUAAUCUGGUUGACUUGGACAAAGUGGACUAUUGAAUUACAUUCACACUGUGUGUCCCUUUGAAUGACACAAACUCAUGCGUAGAAGACACCGUGAAUGGUUUGUGUGGGAUUUUUAGUCUGUAAAUGAAUUUGAAUUGUAUAAAUGCACGAUGUGUCCAUCAGUAUCUCUGCAGGUGAAUGUGCAGAAGGUUCCUGACUAUGAACGAAGGCUUUCUGCACACUCCUUCAGGGGGUUAGUUUGCUUCCUUUGCUGACCGUGAACGCACCGCUGCUGGACCGGCAUCGGCAGGUCAGCUAAUGUACUGUAUGUCGUGACUGUGAUUUCUAAAAGUGUAACUUUUUUCUGCUUUUGAUAUCAAAAAAAAAAAAAAAAAGCAAAGUACCUAUUAUCUCUCCUUCUGAACUUUCUAACCUGCUCUGGCUUUGCCUGUCUGCUCUGUGUGUUGAACAAUAAAAGCAGUUUAUCUCA